AUGCUAGCAGCUGUCCAGAGGACCAUGAUCCUGCAAAGUCAUGCCACGGCGCCCGCAUACCCUCCCAGCUCGUUCCUCGUCAAAAUGCCGUUCCACAUCAAUGUCAAGGCCCGCGCCGGCGGCCGCCAAAGUGGCGUGUUUGUCACGAUACUAUCCAGCCAUAAUAUUGCCCGCGGCACGAGCCGGGAAUAUAGUCAGUUGCAACAGGUGACGUCGCCGCUAAAUGCGCACCAAUGUUUCAGCAUGUCUACCGUUACAAAGGUCUACAGUGAGUGGGGCAUCGAAAGCCAUCAAACGCCUUGCACCAAGUGCGCAUAA